GGUGGCUUCAUAAACCCCGAACCGAUCGUCUACGCGCGCGCGCGCGACCGCGCGUCGGCGCGCGACGCGCGCGCGGCGCGAGAGGGCGACGAAACGACGCGCGACGCCGUCGACGCGCUCGAAAUCUUUGACCACGUGCGGGACAUCAACGACCCCGAGCACCCGUACUCGCUCGAACGGCUGAACGUCGUCGGCGCGAGCGCGAUCGAGUGCGAUGACGCGCGGAAUCGGGUGCGGGUGGAGUUCACGCCGACGGUGCCGCACUGCUCGAUGGCGACGCUCAUCGGGCUGAGCAUUCGCGUGAAGCUGCUGCGGACGCUGCCGAGGAGGUUCAAGGUGGACGUGGUGAUCGCGCCGGGAACGCACGCGAGCGAGAGGGCGGUGAAUAAACAGUUGAACGAUAAGGAACGCGUGGCGGCGGCGCUGGAGAAUGGGAAUUUGCUGGAGAAGGUUGAUUUGUGCCUGUCGGGAAAGACG